GCUCAACCAUCAUUACUCCGAGAACAUUGUCAUCCGCCUUUCUAUUCACCACUACCUGGUCAACAUGGAAACCCUCCUCUCCCACUCCUUCGACUACCUCUCCUCUUCAUCCCCCCAGAAAAUCCGCAAAGGCCUCCGCCAGGUAGAAGGCCUCCUCGCCCAGCUAUGCCUCUCCAAGACCUCCAUGGCCAACAAGCGGCAAUCAAUGCUGCUUUUGGGCUCGACAUCUCCUCCAGGCAAGAAAUUGAAUGAUCUCUCCGAAGACCCAGCCUUCCGCGAAUUCUUCAAGCUCCAACAAUCCUUCCAAUGGAAUAUCUCCAUGAGACUUGUCGCCUGUCUAGAGAGACUCCUCGGCAAAGAAAGCAACGGCACGAAUGACAUGUUGAUCAUACAGACACUAGACCUGAUCCAAGGUGUUCUCCUGCUGCAUCCCCCUUCGCGGGCCCUCUUCUCCCAGGAGAUAUACAUGAACCUCUUCCUCGACCUCCUCGACCCAUCCAAUUGUCCUGCCAUCCAAUCUUCCACCAUAAUGGCACUCGUCACCUCCCUCCUUGACCAGCCUCAAAACGCACGUACAUUCGAAGGCAUCGACGGCUUAUUAGUGGUCACAUCCCUCUUCAAGUCGCGGAGCACAUCGCGAGAAGUGAAGCUCAAACUCGUCGAAUUCUUGUACUUUUACCUCAUGCCCGAGACACAAAGUCCCAAGAUCUCAGCUUCCACCUCCGCCACGAACACCGCCAUUCUGGGCGGCCGAGGGAAAGAGCUCAUGGCAGCCUUUGACCGGCGGAGAGAAACUGUCAAUGGUCCCGAAGCGGCCAAGGAUCCGAAUGCGACUGUGAAUACAAGGACGACCGAGGAGAAACAGAAUCUGCUGGGCAAGCACUUAAGCAAUGUGCAGGAUUUGGUUGAGGAUUUGAAAGAAGGCGGCGGUGUGUUUGGCGUUGGUGCAAUGUAACAACAACAAGACUCUAGUAAGGCGCAGGCAGAUAUACCCAAUGCUUUGGUGAUGAACAUGAAUAUGUAUGCAAUGCGAGUAUCUUUCCUCCAAACGACCCAGGCUUUCUCCUCGUACAAUUCUUGAUUAUCGGCAAAAAGCAUUGCGGGAGAUGAACAGGGCCAGUAAAACGUGUGGAGCGGUGAUACGACAUUAAACCAAUGGGCAACAGAUCUAUUGCCUGACUGUUCCUAGAUCGGGCACUGUACGGAUAUGCUGUCUGACAGGCAUCAUGGCUACUAUGGUACGUUAUGGCUUUC